CCGCGGCCGCGGCUGGCAGCCACUGGAGAGGACGAAUGGGCCUCUGACGUCACGGAGAGGGCGGGGCCUUGACGCUUGGCGCGGAGGGAGUAGGGUUGGCGCUGUGGGAGGGAACGCCAGAGCGAGGCUGUGGGGAGAGCUGGUCGCGUGAGGUGCAGUGGCUCUGCUUCAGGUGUGACAGGCAGCAGCGGUUUGGCCGAGAGCGAAGGGGCGAGUGCGAUCCCCUGAGCUGUGAGCGCGGUCGCCAUGGACCGCCAGGAUGAGGGGCCUCCGGCCAAGGCCCGCCGCCUGAGCAGCUCCGAUCCCGCUCAGCACGACCAGCUGCCACCGCCUCCGCCGCCUCCGCCUCCCCCGCCACUCCUGCCUCCCCCGCCGCUCCUGCGACUGCCCUUGCCUCCACCCGAGCAGCGCCCGAGGCUCCAGGAGGAAACCGAGGCGGCACAGGUGCUGGCUGACAUGAGGGGGGUGGGGCUGGGCCCCGCUCUGCCUCCGCCGCCGCCCUAUGUCAUUCUGGAGGAGGGGGGGAUCCGCGCGUACUUCACCCUGGGUUCUGGGGGUCCCGGCUGGGAGCCUGAGAUGGAGUCAGGGUAUGGGGAGGCGCCCCCUCCCACGGAGAGCCUAGAAACAUACUCUCCUUCGGAGGCUUCUGGGGGAAGUGUGGAGAUUGACUUUCAGGUUGUGGAGCCCGGCAGUUUUGCUGGAGAGAAUGUCCUAGAAACCUGUAGCGCAGGGCACUGGGCGUACCAGAGGUUAACCGGUCCAGGGGGGAAGGAAGAGGCGAUCAUCCUAGUGGAAGAUGACGAUGAGGAUGAAAAGGAAAGCGUGAGGAAGCGGAGGAGGAGGAGGAAGAGGAAGCAGAGGAAGGUGAAGAAGGAAAGCAAGAAGAAUGCCGAGAAGAUAGAGUGCAUCCUGCAGGCACUGGAAAACAUUCAACUGGACCUGGAGGCGGUGAACAUAAAGGCAGGCAAGGCCUUCCUCCGUCUGAAGCGCAAAUUCAUCCAGAUGCGAAGACCCUUCCUGGAGCGCAGGGACCUCAUCAUCCAGCAUAUCCCAGGCUUCUGGGUCAAAGCAUUCCUCAACCACCCCAAAAUUUCAAUCUUGAUCAACCGACGUGAUGAAGACAUUUUCCGCUACUUGACCAAUCUGCAGGUACAGGAUCUCAGACAUAUCUCCAUGGGCUAUAAGAUGAAGCUGUAUUUCCAGACAAACCCCUAUUUCACAAACAUGGUGAUUGUCAAGGAGUUCCAGCGCAGCCGCUCUGGCCGGCUGGUGUCCCACUCAACUCCAAUCCGCUGGCACCGGGGCCAGGAGCCCCAGGCCCGCAGGCACAGGAACCAGGACACCAGCCACAGCUUCUUCAGCUGGUUCUCAAACCACAGCCUCCCAGAGGCUGACAGGAUUGCUGAGAUUAUCAAAAAUGACCUGUGGGUCAACCCUCUGCGCUACUACAUGAUGGGAGAAGGAGGCUACAGGGCAAACAGAAAGAAGCAAGAAAAGGAAGAAAGUAAAAACAGGGACAAGUGUGAGGUGGUGAUUAUGGAAGACUCUGACGACUAUCACAUAAUGGAAGACAUUAUCAGUGAGACUUCAGACAGUGAUGACAUCACCGACAAUGAGACCAUUCAUGACAUCAAGAUCUCUGACUUCAUGGAGACCACCGACUGCUUUGAGACCACUGACAAUGAAAUAACCGACAUUAGUGAGAGCCUCUGUGACAGUGAGAGCCCUGACCACAAUGAGAGCCCUGACAAUGAGACCACUGACAACAAUGAGAGCCCCGAUGACCACGAGACCACUGAUAAUAAUGAGAGCUCUGAUGACAACGAGACCACUGACAACAACGAGAGUGCCGAUGACAACAGUGAGAACCCUGACGACGAGAACCCUGAUGACAACAGUGAGAACCCUGAAGACAACACUGAUGACAACGAAGAGAACCCUGAUGACAAUGAAGAAAAUACUGAUGACAACGAUGAGAAUCCUGAUGGUGAUGAGAACCCUAAUAGUGCCGAGAAUCCCAAAGGUGGCAACCAUAGCAGCAGCGGUGACAACCAGGACAGCAGUGACAGUGACAACGAAGGAGACGAGGGCAGUGAUGAUGAAGAUAAUGAUGGCAAUGAAGGUGACAAUGAAGGCAGUGAUGAUGAUGGCAAUGAAGGUGACAGUGAAGGCAGUGAUGAUGACGACAGAGACAUCGAAGAUUACAGGAAUGAUAGUGAUGACCCUGACAAGGAUCAGGAUAACAGCAACAACCAGGAUGACUCUGAGGCCGAAGUGGAGAACAUCUCUGAAGAAGGAUCCUCAGUGGAGGAAGAAGAAGAUGAGGGCAGUGAGGAAGACAGCGAGCAAGAAGGUGAGGAGAGUGACGAUGAGGAAGUAAGGGAGGAGGAGGAGGAAGAAGAAGGGAUCGAAGAUGACUUCGAAGGAGGGGAAGACUCUGAAGACUCUGACAUGGAGGAGGUGCUUCAGGUCCAAAAUGUUUGGGCCAACCCGGGGAAGAGGGGCAAAACUGGAUAAACAUUUUACCCUUGCAGGGGUUGCCUCUCUAUAUCCCUCUCCCCCUGCCCCAUUUGCCCUCCCCCUCAGCUAGGGCUGCGCGGCCCCAUAUUGCACUUCUGGGGGGUGACCGACUUCGUACACGGGUUUAAAGUUUAUUUUUAUGGUUUAGUAAUUGCAGAGUUCUUAUUUUGGGGGGGAGGGAAGGGGGGAUUUCCCCCUUCCUUUUGGCCCUCCUCCCCUGCAAGCUUCUGUGUGCUGCUAAACGUAUUUAUUGUGAUGCCUUGGUCAGGGCCCCUCUAUCUUCCUCCUCGUGCUGUGUGGAGUGGACACCCUUGAUCCCGAAGCGGGGAGGGCCGCUGUGGCCUUGGGGGGCUCUACUGCCACCCUGUUCUCCCAAGCCUCUCUUUGCCUCUGUCCCUCGCCCCCUCCCCACGCUGUGCCCGUUAGCUCGCCUUGGUGUCUAUGCAAGGCCGCUUGUCAUUGCGGUAUUCCUGUUCCCCUCCCCCCCAGAAGCCCCUCGUUGUUCCUUGUGAACCUUGGUAAUCCUAAUAAAACUGAGCAAAUUCAAA